ACACUAUUUGACGACAAGCUCAUUUUACGAUAGAAUAUUUAACCAAUAUUCUCUUUCUUCUUUCUGUUGCUGCAUUUUCCUAUUUAAGUUAAUUAACAACACAAACAAUAUCCUUUAUUAAUCGGCUUAGUAGUUAAACUACUUACAAUUAGUGAAUGUUUGAUGUGAAAGAACGACUUGUAACAAAUGCCGAUAGAUGGCUCGACAGAUUUGUUUUGAUUUUGUUAUUUGUGAUUUGAAAUUCUCACUGGAAAUUCACUCUUAAAAUUUCAUUUAAAUUCUUCUGUUCAACCAGAAAUCAUCUUAUUUUCAAUUGUGUCGAUAAUUUGUUAAUAUCCUUUUAAACAUCUUCUAUCUACUUUAAAGGUGCAAUAAUGGAAGCAAGCAAGUUGAAAUUUCUCGAAGAAGUAGGUAAACUCAAAAGGACUGCGAGAAGAGGAUGGGUGAUCAAAAAUAUUGAUGAACCUGAGACCAUUAGUGGCCAUAUGUAUCGAAUGAGCUUAAUGCCUCUCCUGGUUAUGGAAAAUUUGGUUAAUUUGGACACAAACAAGAUUAUCAAGCUAUGUUUAAUUCAUGAUCUUGCUGAAUGUAUUGUGGGUGACAUAACACCUCAUGAUAAUGUCAGUAAAACAGAGACAGAGAAACACAAGCGAGAAACAGAUGCAAUCAAUCAUUUAGCUUCCCUCCUACCAAAUAUCCGAGCUGCUGAAUUAAAGGACCUUUUUGACGAAUACGAAAAUCAGGAAACGCCAGAAUCGCAAUUAACCAAAGAUUUUGAUCUUUAUGAUAUGGUUCAUCAAGCAUUCGAGUAUGAGAAACUUCAAUUCGACAAGACUGGUGUUAUUCCUGAUUUGAGUGAAUUUUUUUGCCAAACCAAAGUUUUAUCUCGGAUUCGAAACAAAGAAGUGAAUGAUUUGGUCAACGAAAUUAUAAAACAGCGAGUUAUUUUUUGGAACCAAAACUCAGAGCCUUCCGAAAAUAGUGAAUCUGUGAAAAAUUCUAGCCAAUCUUCUGAAAACGAUAGUGGGAUUCAACUAGAAGAAGAACAGGUCCAGGUUGAAAAUUAAUGCAAUUUAUAAAUUUAGAUCAAAAGCCAAUAAAUCAUAAACGAUCUGUAAAGCAGAAACAUUAACUCCAGCAUAGUUCCCAUUCAUCUAACACAUUUUAGAUUCUCCCAGACGACAGAUUUCACAGUUAAAGCAAUAUUGAGACAGCAAAAAAACCAUCCAGACUAAACUUUUACGAAAUGAAAAAAAACGGAAAGCACAUAAAUUUUAGGAAAUCAUCAACAUGAGAAAAAUUUAUCCAUAUUUAACUGAAAAAAGAUACUUUUACAUUUAUAUUUGACAUCAGAACAAGUUUGAUCAAUCCAUUAAGUCUUUCCAGUUUUUGAUCAAAUUUGACCACGUUUAAUACCAAGUUUUCAUUUAGCUAAUAUUCAUUUAAGUAUAAAAAACAUCCUCAUUUUUCAACCCAACUUUAAAAUACUUUCCACUUUACGUUUAAUUAAAAAAAUUCCAGACUUCAAUCAA